UUAGUGAACUAGCCUCCAUCAGGCUUCUCUUUCACUUUGUGUUUGGUGAGAGUCUCUUCGUUUCGUACAGAAUACGGAGAUAUCAAGCACCAUAAAUCAUCAGCACAGCAGGCAGGCAGCAGAAAUUAGGAAGAUCAAUCGAACAGUGAAAUGGCAGGAUUGUUUGACAAGCAAGCAGAUCUGUACUUGGAUUCCAGGCCAACUUAUCCGACGGAAUGGUAUUCCAAGCUAGCAGAUCUCACCCCUCACCACACUCUCGCUUGGGAUGUCGGAACCGGCAACGGCCAAGCCGCUGUCAGCGUUGCUGAGCACUAUGAACAAGUAAUUGGAACCGAUGCGAGUGAAUCACAGUUGCAGCGUGCAAUGCCACAUCCUCGUGUUCGAUAUGCCCACACAUCGUUAACCAUUACAGACGACGAAUUAAUACCAUUGAUCGGGGGCGAAAAUUCAGUCGACCUGGUGACUGUGGCUCAAGCUGUGCACUGGUUCGACCUGCCAAAGUUUUACAAUCUUGUUUCGCGGCUUCUGAGAAAGCCAGGAGGUGUGUUGGCCGUUUGGUGCUACAAUAACAUUGAAGUUUGUCCGGAAUUUGAUCCUAUUAUGAAGCGAUUUCAUGACACAACCCUGCCCUUUUGGGACCGUAACAUCCAGUACAUCUUUGAUGGUUACAAGACGCUUCCAUUUCCUUUUCAGAGUGUUGGUUUCGGAUGCGAGGGGAGUCCAUUGCCGCUGGACAUUCCAAAGAAGCUGUCGUUCCAAGGGUUUUUGAACAUGGUAGGGUCAUGGUCUGCAGUCGUUACAGCCAAACACCAAGGCGUGGAUUUGUUACCGGAAAAGCUGGUUAAAGAGUUUUCGGGUGCUUGGGGUGGCUCUAAAUUGGUCAGGUCGGUCACCUACAAGGCUUUUAUGCUUGCCGGAAAAGUUUAAGGUGUAACCUUGUUAGGAGUAUGUGCGUAUGUGUGGUCAUCAGUACUAGACUACUUACAUCCUAUGAUUGUAUCGAUACUGAAUGCAUAAGUCUGGAAUCUUGUUGCUCUUGAAGUUAAAUUGAGUAUAAAGUUGAGACUUGCACUAUCA